GCAGAGUCAUGACAGUCACGGUCGUUAAUAUUUCCUUCAUACGAGCCUCUGGGUCUGUCGUUAUAUACGUCCGCUGCAAGUAGCCGUUUCAUUGAGCCCCACCAGGCACCAUGGCGUUCGUGUACAUCGUCCUCGUUCUCACUGCGCUGACAGGGAAUGUGGUUGUAGAAGCAGCAGAAACUCCUGCGUCACAGGCUCAUUUUAUGGUUCAAGUCAAAGCUGCAAUAUCCGGUUCCACCAGCCUUCGUCUUUGCGGCGGUGCCCUGCUGUCCACCACGCAUGUUGUCACGGCAGCUGCCUGCGUUCUCGACGAUGCCUCGACCGUGAAGGUGUACUCUGGCACGGCGACGCUGUGGGCCACCGGCGAGAACGGGACGGAGCACAGCGUGAGUGCGCUGCGCAAGCACCCGUCCUUCAGUAGCACGAACGGCGCCUUAGGCAUUUCCUACUACUUCGACGUGGCCGUGUUGCGGCUCGCCACCCCCGUGACCUUGAACGGGCUGGCCAGCAGCAUUAGUGUGGCGGGCAGCAGGCCGGCUGUGGGCAGCACCCUCUCGCUGGCCGGCUGGGGCGUGUACUUCUUCGGCAAUCCUCCGGAACCCACCGAGACCUCCCGCCUGGAGGUUGACAGCGUGACCGUGAUGGCGAGCGACCAGUGCAGCACCAAGGUCCUCACGCCCAUCCCAGCGGGACUGAUUUGUCUGGCGAAAACCCCCGACAUGGGUCAGUCAGGCAGCGCGGCGUUCGCGGGCGGCUUGCUGUACGCUCUCAUGUCCUGGGGAGGCUCCGUCGCCACCGACCUCACGAAUGCAGAAGUCAGCAGCUUCAUCGCGACCACCGUAAAAUCGUUAUGAGCCCGUGCAGUCUGACUCUUUAGCAGAUGCUUCCUUUACACUUCAUUUCCUUUCCAGAAAAUAAACAUUACUCAGACUAAACCAUAUAA